AACACGUGAUGUGGUAGAUAAACCUUGCUAAUUAUUGUUGGGGGAGAAUUCAAAUCCGACUGGAUUAUACAUUAGGGCAUUCAAUUGGAUUAUACUACUAGCUCAUCUCCUAGCAAACUAUAAAACCCUCGUCGCCCUGAAAACAAUCUUGUUUGAUCGACCUGAUGGCUCUGAACAGGAAUCCGGCAAUGGCUGCCAUGCUGUUAGGGUUGUUGUUAUUGAUGCAUGGCCCCACUUCGGCAUUGGCCCUAUCGGGCGGGGCAGUCGGCGGAGGCUCCUUCUCAUCCGGCGGCUCUUCUUCAUCAUCAUCAUCCUCAUCUUCUUCUAGGUACUACGAUUCUGGCGAUGGUUCGUCCUCUUCGUCGUCGUCCUCAAUGAACUUCAUCAUCUGGAUAAUCAUCGGAUUCAUCGCUGCAGCUAUCGCGUUUUUUCCGUUUGUUUUUGUGAUAGCCUGCUGCUGCAAAAUUAAGGGAGAAAAAUGUUCGAGUUUUUCAACUAGUGUUUUGAAGCUCCAGGUUGGUUUAUUGGGCUCAGCACCAACCCUCCAAACGGAUCUCAAUCGGAUUGCUGAAACCGCAGAUACUUCCACCUCUCAGGGUUGGAGCAAUGUUUUGGCAGGGGCAACAAUAAGUUUGCUUCAGAAUCUUGACUAUUGCAUCUCAGGUUAUUCAUCAGUGGCUCUAAAACAAACCAUACAGGAUGCAGAGAAAUACUUCAAUCAAUUGUCGAUCACAGAAAGGGCUAUAUGUGAUAAAGAAACGCUUGUCAAUGUGAACAACAUAAAAGUUAAAAGUUCAACCAGCAAGGCAGCUACUGGAUCCCAGAGUGAAUAUAUAACGGUUACUAUACUGGUGGCCACUCGAGGAUUGUAUAAGCUGCCAACAGUUGAUGACAGUAGUACCUUGAAGCAAGCAUUGCAAAACCUCAAAUCCAUUCCCUCGAACAAAAUAUUGUCAGUCCAAGUCUUGUGGACUCCUCAAGAAGAAGAUGACAAUCUGUCAGAACAGCAAUUACUCAAUAAGUACCCUCUUUUGAAGCCUUUUAAAGAUUAUCCAUUAGUUGAAGUUACGUUAGGGUGAGCUAAACAGUAUGAUUGAUGCAUCUUCCGUGCGGCAACAUAGUGGGAAAGUUAUGGUAUUUGUAAUAAUGCUUCUUCGAAAUAUAGUUAUAUUUUUGGUAUGUCACCGCUAUACCAAAACAAAUGUAGUAGUCAUUCGUGCACUCUUUGCUAAUUGGUGUCUGUUAAAAUACAUAGAUUUGUGGAGACUUUUGUUAUUAUUUCAGUACGUACUCUUUAUAUUGUAAUCUGAA